AUGACCACACUGGUAGCAAAAUUGACUGGAAGAGCUCUGGACAAGCUGAUGCCUAUUGAGGAGGCUUCUGACUAUGGGUCAAAAAGAGAUGGAAAAGACCAUGUCCAAGACAUGGAGGGUAGGAAAGAAAAGCAUUAUGAAGAAGAACUACAGACUUUGAGGUCUCUAGUAGGAAGACUCCAGAAAGAAAAUGAUGAACUCCAAGUAGAACUGAAGUGGAGAAAGACUCACAAGUACGCAGAUGACAUCACUCUUGAUGCAGGCACAGCUCACCCAAACCUCUCCAUUUCUGGGGAUAAGAAAUUUACUCAUGAAGCCCAACCUCAAAAUGUUCCAUCAACUCCAGAGAGGUUCGAUUCGACUGUCUGUGUGUUGGGCUCUGAAGGAUUCUCUUCUGGAAAGCACUACUGGGAGGUGGAGGUUGUGAGCAGCAAUGACUGGGACCUGGGAGUGGCCAGAGAAUCCAUACAGAGAAAAGGAAAACUUUCCCUGUCCCCUAAAGAGAGAUUCUGGGCUCUGGGUUUCAGUGGGAGAGAUUACUGGGCAAAAACUGAUCCAUGGACCCGGGUCGAGGUGCAAAAAAAGCCCAAGAAAAUUGGAGUUUACCUUAGUUACCAAGACAAUCAGGUGACCUUUUUCAAUGUAACUGACAUGUCUGUGUUGUUCACAUUUAAUGAUUGUUCAUUCUCAGGAGAGGUUUAUCCAUUCUUCAAAAAUUCCCAAAAAGAAACAUCAAUGAGAAUUUGUUCUAUAAGAGAAGAUGAAUGAGUUUAAAGUGGCACCACCACUCACUUAUCCCACUGUAUCUUUGAAAUCAAAUUUCCAAUCAAUGAAUUUGAAUUACAUUUUGCCUCUAUAUUAAUUCUGUGGUGCCAUCUCUAAAACAGCACUGUUAUUCAUUUUAUGGCUGUGAACCUAUGACAGCUAGUUUCUCUCCAAUAAAAUUUGAACUGUAGUUUUUACUCUGCAC